AUGUCCAGCAAGAAGUGCCAGGACCCGCCCGCGGCGGAUUUGCCGUCCGACCUGGAGCCCGUCGCGUCUCCGCCGAGCUCGCCGACGAUAUCGCCGUCGCUGCUGCCGCGAAUCAACGAGAAGGAGGACGACAUCGCGUGCUCGUCGGACUCUGACGUGUGGUCGCUCGGCUCAGACAGAGACAUCAACGCUCCCGAGCUUUUUGCGAUCUCCUCAGACUCGUACUUCUCGCAGCACCGAGAAUCGUUUGGCGAGCUGCGGGGACGCGCGUUGGACACACCGAUCUCGACAAAGAAGGGACGACGGGCCAGCGACCUCUCGCUGAGGUCCAACAACGACUAUGGCAACUACACAGAGAGCGACAACGAGCACACGAAGACGCCGAGCCGGCCGGGCCGUCGCCGAAGCAGCACGCCGCAGAACAAGCGGUCCGGCUCGUCGCGGUCGCGCACCAGAGACGGAGCUCCCGAAUCUGGCUCUGGAUCUGAAAUUUCGCAGACGGCUAAAAUAUUUAAAAACUUGCUCAUCCUGGAGGAGUCGCUGCGGCAGCAGAACCGGAGAGUACCAUCGGACGAUUGUGCGGCCGCGCAAGUUUGUGGUGAUCACAAACAAGGGCCUGCGACAGCUCAACAUCAGACUGGUGAAGGUGCGCGUCGGGAUGUACGAUGCUCUGCUGGUGGUGCUCAAGUCGUGCUUUCUGGUACCGAUUCGUGUGCUGAAGCUGCAGACGCUGUAUUUGUCGAAGGUGGUGCGAGUGGGCUCGGUCGCCAAGUUCCGCAACUGGCUUGUGGAGCUCGAGAUCAAGCUGGCAACCUCGAACGGCGGCGUCACCGACGUGAAGGUGGUUCUGAAUCCGCGCGUUUUCAGCACCGACAUCCGCGAGCAGUGGGAACUGUACAGAAACGAGUUCUGGAACAAGGAGACGAUGCGCCGCCGCAAAAUCAUGGUGCGCGAGCGGAAGGACCGAUAGUUGUAGGGCCACCUAAUAAUUUUCUAUUUAUCGUCCCUAGAUAA